AUCCGGUACUCUGGUAGCACGUAACGUAUUUGGCUGGCCGGACAGCACUGUGCCUGUGUUCAUAUAGUUCAGAGGCUCAGAGCCCAGCUCAGCUCCGAUCCUCCGGCCGGCUCGCUCGAUCAUCAGGCAAAAAUCACCCCAAAUCAACACCAACAUGGCUCUCAACCACGUGGUGGCAGCGGCCAUCAACCUAGCGGCGGCGCUGCUCUCGAUCCCGGUGAUCGCGGCGGGCAUCUGGCUGUCAACGCAGACCGACAACGCCUGCGUCAACCUCCUCCAGUGGCCGCUCAUCGGGCUCGGCAUCGCCAUCCUGGCCGUCGGCCUCGCGGGCUUCGUGGGCGCGCUCUGGCGCCUCCCCCGUCUCCUCCUCGCCUACCUCGUCGCCAUGCUCAUCCUGGCCCUCUCCCUCGCCUCCCUCGUCGUCUUCGUCUUCCUCGUCACGACCGGCAGCUCGGGACGCCCCGUGCCCAGCAGGGCCUUCCUCGAGUACGACCUCGACGACUACUCCGGCUGGCUGCGACAGCGACUGGAUUCCGCUAGCCGCUGGGACGGCAUCAAGACUUGCCUGGCGUCCACGCCAAUUUGCCCGAGCCUGAACCAGACGUAUGCGACGGCGGAGGGCUUCUUUGCGGCGAGAUGGCUGUCCCCUGUGGAGUCCGGGUGCUGCAAGCCGCCCACCAGGUGCGGCUACACGUUCGUGAACCCGACGUUCUGGAUCAGCCCGAUCGACGGCGCCGUGGAUCCUGACUGCGCUGCGUGGAGCAACGACCAGGCCCAGCUCUGCUACUCCUGCUCCUCCUGCAAGGCCGGCGUGCUCCAGAACCUGCGCCGGGAGUGGCGCCGUGCGGACCUCAUACUCCUUGUUGCUGCACUUGGUCUUCUCGCUGUUUACGCCGUUGGAUGCUACACGUUCCGCCAAGCCAAGACUGACAAUCUCUUCCGCCGCUACAGGCAGGGCUACACCUAGCUAGUAAACACAUGAAUUCCUUGUACAAGUGUACGUGUCCCGAUUAUCUUCUUUUCAGAAUCAACGAGUACCUAGUUCAUA